AUGUUAUCGAGGUUCUUCGUUCUUUUCCCCAUGGUGUUAUCCAUGGUGGCCUUCAUUCUCUCCAUGCUAUGUCUCUUUGCCGGCCAUAAGGAGGGAUUCAUGGAGGAGUACUCCGUCGCUCGACUCAACACUUCCAUGAUCGGUCAUAAUGUCCUUGACACAGACGGCAGUGCUUCUACCAACGACAACGAAGAUGAUGGUAUCUUUGGCGCGGUCAAGGGCAAGUGGAACGAAGUCAAGGACGAUAUCAAAGGAAAGAUCAACGAUGUCACCGGUGACAUCGCCGAUGAGUUGGCCGAUACGAUUGGUAUCUCUGAGUGGUACUCGAUCCAUAUUAUGGCUACAUGCGAUGGGCAAUACAAGCCCAAUGCCACAAACCCUGGUGCUGGUUACAACGUGACCGAAUGUACCAACUCUGCACCAGAGAAACGAUUCAACCUUACCGAAAUGCUCGACAAGCAACUCUCAGUCGGACCCUUUGAUCUGAGCCUUGCAGACAUCAACUGGCCUGAUGACAUCCAGGACUCUAUUGACCUUCUCAACAAGGCUCUUCUUGCCACAUUCAUCUUGUACGUCAUCGCAGUUGGACUCUCUGGCCUCGCUAUGCUCGCCUCCCUGGCCGCCUUCUUCCUCUUCUCCCGUCGCGGUGUCAAUGCUGUCAACCUUAUUUUCGCCAGCUUGGCAGCUCUCGUCCUCCUUGUUUCCAGCAUCCUCGUCACUGUGGCUGGCAAGAAGGGUGUCGACAAGCUCAAUGAUGUUGGUGAUGACGUUGGAAUCUCCGCUUCUAUCGGAAACAAGUUCCUUGGCUUGACCUGGGCGGCUGCUGCUCUCAUGAUCGCUGCAGCCAUCUACUGGUUUGUGCAUCUCUGCCUCAUGCGACGUGAGAGGAAGCGAGAGUGGAAGCCUCGCAAGGGCAGCUACUAA